CAAGUAUGACGAGGCGUUGGAUGUGUUGAAGUACAUUUAUGCAGUCAACACUGGUUGCGACAAAGAAAGUUUCGGUGUAACUGCUUUGAAGCAAUCAGUUGACGACAGCGGAAAGGAGAUAGUAGAAAUUAUACAGAACAAAAGCUCCGUAUUAUCAUUGUUACGUCCUCCACAUCUCCAAUGGCUUGCACUACUCGGCUUUCUUAUGUUCGGCUUGCUCUCUUUACUGAACGGUCUUUACUUGUUCACGCCGGACACCAUCAACAAACUUCUGAAGCCAUCGAACACCGCUUACGGCACCAUUUGUGAAGUUAUCAAUCUACAUGUUAAUACGACCAGCACCAGAUGCAACGCUACAAUAUCCCGCGGAACAUUCGAGAUCAUGGUGUGCGCGACGCUGGUGUACGGCGCGCUGGUUCUGCUGCUCAGCCUCACUCCUGUCUCCAAGAAGGCUCAGCUUAUCAUUAUGUUCCUGCUCGUUGGUGCAGCCUGCAUUAAUGCUGAGUUGACCACUAAUAGGUUGGUAGCUGGCAUAUCAAUGUCCGCGCUGCAAAUUACCGCGCUCGGUUUGGGCCCGCUCACCGCUUACGCCGUCCAUCUCUUCCCUACCAAUUUGAGAGGUACGGCGGUAGGCGCGGUGCUCAUGUUUGGUCGCCUAGGAUCAGUGGUGGGUGCGAACGCAGCCGGCAUCUUCUUGGCUCGCUCCUGUACGGCUACCUUAUACGGCUUUGCUGCUAUGCUGUUCUUGUGCGCGGCUUUGAGCACUCUCUUACCCAAGGAUAAACAGCCAAGAAACGAUAGAUGAGAAAAAAAUGAUUGAAGAAAAACUGGGAAUUUAAAAAUAAAUA